AUGAGUGAUCCCAGUAGUGAAGAGGCUUGGGAGCGACUUCUGGUUGAGAGCCUCUUGAAACUGUCGGGCGAGCACAGCGUGACACACCAUGAACCACUUCAGCCAGUAGUGAUGCAGCCCGUCAAGCCCCGGACUUUUCCAGUUCUGGGCCCUACGGACCGCCUCAGCUACAUCAUCCGGUGUUAUGGUGACGGGAUCCAUGGGCGUAAUACCCGCACACUGACUCACCACAACUUCCGUCCAAGGGCCCUGACCACAGGCUGCGCCAGAAUGCGACCGUGUCGGCCUGAUUUGGUGCUGGGCCCGUUCCACUUACUAUUGGUCGCUCCAAUGAUUUGUAGAACCUCUUCUGAUCACUCUGGAAGAGACGAUUCUAGUUGA